CUCGCAGUCUGCCAGACCCGCUCUUCAACCUCAGAUGAUGAUGAACCGUUUCUAUCUUUGCUAAAUCCCUCUAUGGAUUCAAAGUGAUUGACUGUAAUCAUGAGUACAAACAUGGCUGGAUGUGUACUGAGGAUAGCCUACUCUCUUCUGCUCCUUGCUUCUUUUCUCCAAGGAGCCGAGAAUGUUGAGCUGUUUUUUCAUAAAACAAUGGAAGCUGAGGUGGGUCAGAACAUUACCGUACCCUGCUUCGUGAAAGAUGCUACUGAUCAGAAGAUUGUCAGUAUUAAAUGGAUGAAAAAUGAAGGAACAAACCUUGCUGUGUAUGACACCGUUUAUGGAACUUAUCGGUAUUGGCCUAAUGUGACCAUCCAAGAGAAAAGAAAUGAUGCAAACAAGUUAAUUGGUUCACAUCUACACCUUCCUUGGGUGAACAAAUGGGACAGUGGAAUCUACAUCUGCGAACUCUCAAAAUUUCCUUCAGGUUCAUUUAUCAGUAAGACAAAGUUAACAGUGAAAGAUGAAAUCAAGCUAUUGUGCAAUACUGAUGAACUUGUUGAGAUUCACAUUGGAGACAAUGCUACAAUUCAAUGCACAGUCAAUUCCAAUGCACAGUACAUAUGGACUAAGAACAACAAAUUUGUGUCAGACAAUGAAUCUCUGGAGCUCUGGGAGGUGACAGAAGCCCAGGCAGGAACUUACAGCCUGACAGUCGACACAGGAGACAAAAGUCUGCAUAAAGAUUUUAUUAUCUCUGUGCUGACUACAACCACCAUUUUAAGGGCAGAUCCAACAGAGUCAACUGAGCAUCCAACUAAUUCAUUGCACACCAGCGCUGCAAUAUCAUUAACCACCACACUUUCAACAGACACCCAAUGGACCACUCAACCAAACUCCAGCACCUUUGGAGUCCCUGCUUCAGAGCAUGUAACCCCUCCAGCAACUUCAACAUCUGUCAGCGUCCCAUCAUCCCCUGACACCCAAACCAUCACCAAUUUCCUACUCAACUCCAGCAUGCUGAAUAAUGAUGUGACAGAGCUCACAUCAACACAGAGAACGGCUAGUGAUGUCACGAAGAAUGAGUCCAGAUUUUACAGACAGUCCACAGAGAACAUGUUCUCAAUGAGCACCACGGAGUCUGGGAUAGCAGGAAGCACAGAAAGUACUGGAACAAUUUCAACUGAACUUAUUACCAGUACAAAGACAGAAACCGAACGGAGUCAUAUCCUGUUGGUAUUCAUCAUCGUGCUGUUGCUGCUAUUGAUUCUCGUGGUUGUCAUUCUUUACAGGAAACAAAUCAUGAAAAAGAGGAUGGAUCUCCCGCCCCCGUUCAAACCUCCCCCACCUCCUGUCAAGUACACUGCUGCAAGACGAAGCGAGACGGAGCUUUACCCCACUUCCAGGUGCAACUCUUUAUCAGCCCCUACCAGACCAAUUUUUGUAUGAUAAAUAAAUGUUAACUUGUUUUGUAUGACAGUAAUAUCUGUUGUACUUGUUGUGGUUGGUUGAAAGGAGUUUUACGCAGAUGCAAAAUAUUUGUGCUUUUAUCGCGGGGACAUGUGUGCCAGAAUUUUUUGUUAGAGCAGAACGGUGCAUCUUUAUGAGAUCAAACAGAGUCAGAUUUCUAUCCCACAUUUAUUGGAACCUUUAGGAAGCAUGUGCGGAGCCUUGAAAUAAAUUGCUCUUGAUUGCAAUUGAAUAAUCUUAGUUAAAAAGGGCUAAUGUUCUCAUACUUCAAACCAUUUCAAAAUACAUAAAUAUAGCUCUGUUGCUAUCAUUCCCACUGGUGGUGAGAUAGCCAAUAUCCUUAUGCAUUGCUGCCAUGUUUUAAAUCGAGUUUAUGUAGAUAUAAAAAGAAUGUAAUUUGAAUUUUCCUGUCAGUCAAAGGCUGACUGAUUAUUUUAAUCUUGCAAAUGGAAUUUCUUGUAAAUCUAAGGUGUGAAAGCGCAACAAUAGGCACGAAAGAGUAAUAUUUUAACAACCACUGUGUUGCCAUCAUCAGUGGUUCAAAUUCAAUAUUUCUAAAAGAUUUGAUUUGAUUCUACGAUUAUAUUCUAUUAAAGCCCAAUGUUGUAAAAAGGCAAUAAACCAAAAAAAUGCAAAUAACUAAUAAUUUUUGAUACAUGUUGCCUACUCAGAUAUAGCAGUUCUAUAAGCUGGUGGAUAUUUUCAGUGCACAAUUACUACAAAUUCAUACAAUUUAGAGUUUAUCAGGCAAAUCUAAACAGUUCUCUGAAUGAGCACUUCUGCCUUUACAGGUGUAGUUCACACCAUAUCCACUAGAUGGGGUUAAAAUACACAUUCCUUAAAUGGCGAUACAACAACCACCAUCAUAGUCAUCAUAGUGGUAUCAAAAUGAUUAAAUAUAUAUAUAUUUUUUUAAGAUACGCAAGUUUUUUUUUUAUUGUGCGUGUG